ACACAGCACACACAUCGGUGCGCGUGACGCAGAACAGACAGGCUCAGACUGGGGUUUGGCUCGUGCGCGCGGUUAGACGUCUCCCUCACUUUGGGUAAUUUUUGCGGAGGCCGUGUGAUCUGAGGAGCUGCUCUCUGCUGUUUUGCUGUGAACCUGAGACAAUCAUGAUCCUCCUGACUCUCUCCUCUGAUGAAGAGUCCCCUGAACUCGCCUGGCUUUGGAAUCACAGGAAGUUCAGGGUGAAAAACACUUGAAGGGUUGUUAUUCCUCAAGGUUUAGAAAAAAAAAGAAGUUUGCAGGUCAUUGUCUGUGCAUAAAAUGUCUUUGGGCAGUACCAAGACUUGAGAGAAAAUCAAAAAGCUCACAAGACCGGGGGACGGAACAAAGGUUUCUAUGUCGACACUUAGAAAACAUCACAGCCUCGUGGGGGCGGAGGCAGAUUGUUUUGAUGGAGUGCGGCAGCAGUCAUUCCAUCUUGCUGACUGACGUAGUGAAUGUAUCCUUUUUUAAAGUUAGAAUUAUAACUUUUACAAAUUUGCACUUAAAGGUUCAGUGUGUAAGAUUUAGCUUAAAGGGAUCUAUUGGCCGAAAUUGAAUAUAAAAUACUCCUAGUGAUUUUUUCACUAGGAGUAUUAUGUUUUAACUAAAUUGUACUAAUUGCUGUUUUGGGCCUUUUAUAUUUAAAUACUUUACAUUCACAUCAGUAAUUGAGUUUUUAUGACAACUGGCGGCUAACGAAGGUUUUCUGUCAUGUUUGGAAGGGGACGACGAGAUGAGCGGUAUUCGGCUGCAACAUGCAACCUCACCACUAGAUGUCACUAAACUCUACACACUGGACCUUUAAAGCAAACAAAAGUCCUGUUAAACGAUUUCUUUUCAAGAUGUAACUUUGAAAUCACGUUAAAAUGACAUUGAAACCAGGUGAGGUUGCAGAUUUAUCUUCACACCACAGAUCCCCUUUAAAUCCGGGGCUGCAGUGGUGUUGACGGGAACAGUAUAGCUGUGAGUGCUGCUGCCGGUCCUCGUCUCAGGUCACUAGGUUUGAUCAGAGUUAACGGGCUAAUUGAUCUCACGUCUGGUAUGUGUCACUGCAUUAGGUCCAGUUCAAGCUCACUGUAGGCAGUGGUGUAUGUGUUAGUCCCCUCAGUGUUCACAGCUUGUUCCCUCACACCAGUGUUUGUGUGUAUUUGACCCCUGAUAAGUUCACGUUUGAGAUCUAACACUUCACAUGCAUCAUUUUCAGAUUUUUACUUUCAAAUAUCUAGAUAUUUGAAGUUUAAUGCAUGAGAGUGUGGCCAUUUUUUCUAGUAGUUAUGUGUAAUUUUGCAUAGACUGAUGAGGCGAGGCUGUGUUAAAUGUUGCAUGCUGGAGGCUGAGUGAAUGUAGAGUAACAAAUUUAUUUUAGUGAUCUGAGAAAGGAUGAAUGUAUCGUAAGGUUGGUCUCCAUCCAUUGAACAUACGUCUUGGUAAGUGAUACUUCUUUUACAUAAGACGGGGAUUCAGCUUCAUAGUUAUAAUUUGGUUAAAAUGAACGAUGAUUUACAAAACAUUACUAUCCUGGUAUAUCUUUAUGAUUACUUUCAGAAAUUUUCCUGUCACCUCAACUGGAGUCUGACUCAAACUGGGAUAUAAUCACUAGACUGUUCCCAUUCAGACUCACUCAUCAGAAGGUUUCUUCCAGUGCACCAACAAGCUCUUUCUGAGUGAUCAGGCCGCCAGGCUCCACAUCAAGGAGUUCGCCCGUAAAAAUGCAGCGAACGCUCUGUCCGUCGCCAACAUGGUCAUGGGCAUGGCCUCCAUUCUCAGCAGUCUCAACGGGCACCAUCAUGCUGCAUGUUGGCUGGUUCUGAUUGGCUACCUGCUGGAUUAUGCUGAUGGGGCAGUUGCCAGGCGACUGGAUGCCUGCUCGGCGCUGGGUGCGAAGCUGGAUGAUUUUGCUGACUUCACAACCUUUGGAAUCGCCACGUCACUGCUCUUGAGGACAUCUGGCCUGCUGGACAACAUCCUUUGUGUGUGCUACGUCCUGUCAGUGUUCGUCCGCCUCUGUUUCUACUCAACUGGAAUCCCGUUUAUGUACCGCGGCCUGCCCUGCACUUACGCCUCAGCCAUCCUCACCUGUGCCACGAUGCUGUCGGGGGGAAACAUGGCCGUGCUGCGCAUCGUGGUCGUCGCCAUGAUCCUCUUCAUGAUCAAUCAGAACUUCUACCCCCAUGACAAAGUGCUGGAGUCGCAGGCCUGGAAAAAAGUUGUUUACGCUGGAGGAGUCGUCAUGCUGUUCUGCUCGUCAUCCCCCCCCAUGUGCGUGUACUAUCUGCUCUGGUGUUUCUCCUACGUUUUGUUCCCGACUUCCCUUUGGAGCAGUAAAGUGUAGGAAUAGGGGGGGACUGGUCGACAACUCGCAGUAGGUUCACCUCCGGCCUAUCUGGUUGAAUUUAGUUCUUCCGGACUGUUGCUGCUCCCCACCGCCAUGGAGGAUUCAAGCUGAACAUGCUCAUGCAGGCUAACACUUGCUCUAUUUGACCUUUAAUUUGAUGAGACAGAACCUGGAUGACGGGGAGUUAUGAGUCGUGAGUGUGCAGCUUGUAAUCUCCCUGCUUCAGUGUUAAUCCAAUCUUUCGUCGAUGGGUAAAAUUUCAGAUGAAAUGAUUGCAUACUUUUCUCAUAUAUUUUUUAUAUUUAGUUUGGCAACCACGCGAGACAUCACAACCACUAAUAGGAUUUCCACGGUGUUUGAGCGUAGAGUUGUGAGUUAACUGUCCAUGUGCUGCACUAUGCAGACAAGACCUUUAAUCCACGAGUUUUAUUUCUCAGCAGCAUUUUUUGAGAUUCUAGACUGCGUGCCCUGUCUCUCUUAUCUAUAACACAGUAAUGAACACACGCACAGCACCUGUGACAUCGGUCAACGUUUGUGGUUCAUGGUUGGGGUCAAUUUGCUUUCAUGGUAUUCAGCUCAUGGUGUGUCGUUAAAAUCUGUAUCGCACACCUUAAUGUCUUUGGACCAUGGGAGAGAUCCACUCUCUUCUGUUAUCGUUUUUAUUCCAUUUGCAGUUUGAAUGCACGUUUUAAAACAGUUGACGUGAAAGCGAGCGUACUCCAACUCCAGCUUUUGUUAAUCAGGGUUCUUGUUUUCUUCCAUUUUCACCAAGUUGUGAGUCUGUCCAUGACAUGGUGUGAUAGAAGAGUCAGAAAUGCACCCUGAGUAGAUGCUGAAAAUCAUAAAUAUCUCGGCUGCAGACGUUUUCUUCCGCACGAGAUUAAAGGUCCAAGAUUUAGGUGAAAGGGAUCUAUUUACAGAAAUUGAAUUUAAAAUAAUCGUUGUGAUGUUUUCACUCGUGUGUUUCAUCUAAAUUGUACUGGUUGUGGUUUUUCUUUACCCUGCAACAUGUAACUUCAACACUUGAUGUCACCAGAUUCUACACACUGAAUAUAUAAAGAGCAACAACACAGACUGUCAAUCCUGCCAUCUAGUGGUUAUGGAUAACAUCUCAAAGAUAUUUUUGUAGCACGACAGUCUGUGUGAAAUGUGCAGCCAGACUUUAAAUUCCUCUUUAACUUGACCUGAACUCAGUAUUUUUUGUCAGUCCUUUUCAAGCGAGAACAACUUUGUGUCUUACAUCUGGUGUAUUUCUCCCUCCCUGUAUACGUGUGUGCGACAAAUGGGGAGAUUACAUAGAUUUGAAGGGAUUUUUUCAGAAGCAUGAUCGAAAAACAAGAUGAUUUAUCUGUUCUCAUCCCCCAUAUUUAAAUUACACCUACUCACAGCUGUCAGAAUAAAGGGAAGGGCGUUAUUCACAAUUUGAUUUCUUGUGAUUUUUAUCCAUUUGUAACUUGUAUAAGCAAAAACUCCAAACUCUUCUGAGGGAAAACUGAACAGACGGAGCAGAAUGUCAUGAAUCAAGACCUACAUUUUAAAAACAUCAAUACAAAAGGUCAUGACCUCUGAUUCAGAUAUGGGUUUAAACCCACCCUGGCUCUUGAUUUGGUUCAUGAUUACCGUUCAUACACAGACUGAACUUAAAUCUACUCUAGUUCAUUCACGAGUGCAUUCAGCUUUCCUGUGUGUGUGUGUGUGUGUGUGUGUUUUGGUUUUCAAACUGUAAAGUCACAUUGACGUAUGCAUGCCGAGAGCAUUUGAGAUACAAAACCUGUACUUUGCCCAAUGAUUCGAAAGAAGAACAUAGAUCUGGAUGAAUGAUGAGAUCUGUGCUUUCAAGUGUGUACUUUUUUUGACAAUAAAGGGGAAAUUGAAAUAACUUGCUGUCAGUGUUUUUAUUUCAAUGCAUUAUUUUUCGUGUGCUGGAGGACUUGCAGGGUUUAAAUUCAAUGGAAGACAUAAUACUGAAGAACAAAGAGUAUAGAUGGACGACAGCUCCCAAAAAGUGAAGCUGUCAUCUUUUUUGCCCCCUGGUGGCUGGUUACAUUAAAGGUCAUGGCCCAAACUCUCCAAGAUGGUUAUAAAACAGGGUGAAACAUCCUGAUUAACAACUGAUACUGACUCGUGAUUGAUCGAAACACGUGUAGCGGCGGGACUGCAAUACUGUAGCUCCACAUGACGACCACUGCUGCACAGG